GUCACUCCCCUAUCAUCGGGUCAUCCUGUCAGGGGCAGCGCCGCUCAAUUCCCAUGAUAUGUACCUCCGCGGCUUCCGUAAGUGGUCAUCGCUGCUGGAGCUGUGUUAAUACUACGGCCGGUUAAAGCGGCGGAAGGAGAAACAGCAGCUGCGCCGGAACUACUUUGACGUAUCAUUGUUUUAAUCCCAGUCAUGUUUCUAUAACGGGAACUGGAGUGAGGUACAGAGGGAGGAUGCGGCUUACACUGGGCGCUGCACAGCCGCUUCCGCCAGCGCUGUUCUCUAUAGAGCCCGCUAGCGUCCGCCGCCCGGUCAUGACCCGCCUAGCUUUGUGGUCCCCGCUGUAAAGGGCUGCAGGUGGCGGCUCCGGCUCUGAGCGGUCCUCGGCGUACUGUCCUGGAGGCUGAGCCCCGGUUACAUGAGGAGACAUGGCCAACCAGCCGGUGAUACUGAACGUGUAUGAUAUGUAUUGGAUCAACGAGUACACAUCAUCCCUGGGAAUCGGUGUCUUUCACUCUGGUAUUCAAGUAUAUGGCAGAGAAUUUGCUUAUGGCGGUCACCCUUAUCCUUUCUCUGGUGUGUUUGAGAUAUCGCCCGGGGAUUCUUCAGAACUUGGAGACACGUUUAAGUUUAAGGAAGCCAUAGCUCUCGGAAGCACAGAUUUCACUGAGAAUGACAUAGAGAAAAUUGUAGAAGAACUUGGAAAGGAUUUCAAAGGGAAUGCUUACCAUCUAAUGCACAAAAACUGCAACCAUUUUUCAUCAGCUUUAUCAGAGAUCCUGUGCGGUAAGGAGAUUCCCCGUUGGGUAAACCGGUUGGCAUACUUUAGUUCCUGUGUACCUUUUCUACAAAGCUGUCUACCUAAGGAAUGGUUGACGCCUGCUGCCCUCCAAUCCAGUGUCAGCCAGGAGCUGCAGGAAGAACUGGAAGAAGCAGAAGAUGCAGCUGCCUCCACCUCUGCAUCCCUAGUGCCCAGGCCGGGGCGACACACCAAACUAUAGGGGAAUAUUCAUGGGAAAACUGACAAGAGUUGUUUUUCUUUUUGCAAAUAAGUGUUUGGAUUGAUCUCCAGCAACUGACACCUCUGUCCUUCAGAGGACGUGUGUUCCACAUUAGGACAUAAAUGGCCACAUCCACAUUCAUUUGACGUAUUUUCUGCUCAGGAUCAUGUUUGUAUUCAGAAGGUCCAGGACAUAGGCUAUGGUUCCUGCAUAUCUUCCCAGCAUUGUUUCAGAAUUUUUAUUUAUUUACUUUUUUUGUUACUUUCCCUAUUUUCAGUAUUUAACGUGGACUUCCCACUUUUUUCUUUAUAUGCCUGCCACUGACAAUGAAGAACUGUUACUCGCUACAUGUGGCUGACAGAAUGGAAAUGGGUUUACCUCAGCUGUUCAAUCCAGUAGCGCCUGUAUAUGCAGCACAUGCUCCUCAGGAGUCUCCACCUUUUCAUACUUUGUUCUACCUGGGUAAAUCACAUGUUGCAGUUCCUACUGGCCACAUAUGUUUUUUUUUAUAACUGACCUACCCAACCUGUGUUCUUGUCAAAGCCAAAUAUACCUGUGGGAGACUAUUUUAAGAUCCACCAGCUCCAUGUGAAUCUGGUAACUUGUAGCGUAGUUCUGUAGGACUGUUGAAUUCUAGAUGAAGGUGCUGUGGUUUGACAG